GAUUUGGUCGCACCGAUGUAAACAGAGUUAUUCGCACUGAGUAAAUUUUAUGCUGAUUUAUUUUAUUAAAAUAAGCACUGUUUAUAGUAUUAUCCAAAAUGGAGAUGGUUGAUCCAGAUGCACACUUGGUGGCGCUCAAAGUUAUGCGUUUGAUGCGGCCCACUUUGGUGGGACUUGGACCUGUGGUAACCUGCGAGCCUACGGAUUUGGUUCAGAGAUUCGGCAAUUCCCAGGAGAGCGACGGAAUAGCAGGUGCCUGUGCGGAGACCUUGGCGGCGGGUCAGGUGCUGCUGCUCCCACAGUCCUUCGGCAGCAUUUACCUGGGCGAAACAUUCGCCAGCUACAUUUGUGUCCACAACACCACCCCUAAUCCUGUAGAGUGCGUCACCGUUAAGGCGGAUCUCCAGUCGAACACGACACGCAUCAACCUAUCCAUGCACGAGAACGCAAAGUCCCCAGUGGUGUUGCCGCCCGGUGGAACCAUCGAUGAUGUGAUACGAUACGAGGUGAAGGAAAUCGGAACCCACAUUCUCGUCUGCGAAGUGAACUACUCGACUCCGGCGGGCUAUGCCCAAUCCUUGAGAAAGUUUUUCAAGUUCCAAGUUCUAAAGCCACUUGAUGUGAAAACCAAGUUCUACAAUGCGGAAAUCGACGAAAUCUACUUGGAGGCUCAGAUCCAAAACGUGACCACCAGUCCAUUCUGUCUGGAAAAGGUGGAACUUGAUGGUUCCGAGGAUUACUCCGUCACCCCAUUGAACACGUUGCCAAAUGGGGAGUCUGUGUUCACGGUGAAACACAUGCUGCAACCCAACAAUAGUUGUCAGUUUCUGUAUUGUAUUAAGCCUAAAGGAGAUAUUGCGAAGAACGUAGAUACCCUGCGACAAUUUAAUAACGUGGGAAAACUGGAUAUUGUUUGGAGGUCGAACCUGGGCGAAAAAGGCAGACUGCAAACCAGUCAGCUACAGCGAUUGCCAUUUGAAUGCAAAACGCUACGAUUGGAAGUAUUGGAUGCGAAAAACACAAUCAAAAUCGGCACGAUAUUUACGUUCAACUGUCGCGUGACGAAUACCUCUGAGAAUCCAAUGAAACUGAAUGUGCGACUGGCUGCAAAGUUUUCGGCUGAGAGUCAAUACACGGGCUGUGCUGAUUUCAUGCUGAACCCACUGCAAAGUGGCGAGUCUGCCGAGUUUCCAUUAUCCGUCUGUCCAUCUAAAUUGGGGCUCGUUAAAAUAUCCCCCUUGGUAUUGACCAACACGCUCCAAAAUGAGCAGUUCACCAUUGAAAAUGUCGUCGAUGUUUUCGUGGUUAAUUCGGACUACGAUAACGACCCUACAACCCAUCAGAAUAAGUUAAUACGUUACGAGAGUGCUGCAAGCUGUUUAACUCAAAAGCAAGUUCAACUACAAGUUGUAUAGAAUCGGAUUUCAAUAGAUGUCUAAAUGUAUAUUUUGAAUUCAUGUUAAUGUGAAAUGGGGCUUAUAUUUACGUGAUACAUUUUAUGGUUUAUGUUAUUCUGUGUAAAACUUUAAUUAGAAAAAAGAGCCUAAAUAAAAUUACCUAAUAAAUUUGUAUGUAAAAUACAACAUUACUGAA